GUCGGGUCUCCUCCGUCGCUGGUGCUUCGCAGACGCCGCGGGGACUCGCCCUCAUGUCCGUUUCGGAAGAGCCCGACGGGGCGGGCGUGGCCCGGCCCCACUAUGGCUCUGUUCUGGAUAACGAACGGAUGACAGCCGAAGAGAUGGAUGAAAGGCGGCGUCAGAAUGUGGCCUAUGAAUAUCUGUGCCACCUGGAGGAAGCCAAAAGGUGGAUGGAGGCCUGCCUUAACGAGGAUCUGCCCCCCACGACCGAGCUGGAGGAGGGGCUCAGGAAUGGGGUCUACUUGGCAAAACUUGGAAACUUCUUCUCUCCCAAAGUGGUGUCGCUCAAGAAGAUCUAUGACCGAGAGCAAACGAGAUAUAAGGCCACAGGCCUCCACUUCCGGCAUACAGACAAUGUGAUCCAGUGGCUGAAUGCCAUGGCUGAAAUCGGGCUUCCCAAGAUUUUUUACCCAGAAACCACAGACAUCUAUGAUCGCAAGAACAUGCCUCGUUGCAUUUACUGUAUCCAUGCACUCAGUCUGUACCUUUUCAAGUUGGGAUUGGCCCCACAGAUCCAGGACCUGUACGGCAAAGUGGAUUUCACAGAGGAAGAAAUCAGCAACAUGAGGCUUGAGCUGGAAAAAUAUGGGAUCCAGAUGCCGGCAUUCAGCAAGAUUGGUGGGAUUCUGGCCAAUGAGCUCUCUGUGGAUGAAGCCGCAUUGCAUGCAGCUGUCAUUGCCAUCAACGAUGCUGUUGAGCGCCAGAUUCCGGCUGAGACUUUUGCCGCUAUGAGGAACCCCAAUGCUAUGCUGGUGAACCUGGAGGAGACCCUGGCCCCAGACUACCAGGGCACUCUGUACCAAGCCAAGCAGGAGAAGACUGCAAACGCCCGAAACAGGAUUGCCUCUGAAGAUGCGGAAAGAGAACGGGACGUGUAUGAAGAGCUCCUGACACAAGCGGAGAUCCAGGGCAACAUCAACAAAGUUAAUACACUUUCAGCCCUGUCAAAGGUGGACCUGGCUCUGAACCGAGGAGAUGCGGCUGCUCUGUUCCAGGCCUUGGCAUCAGCCGCUCUGGGCCUUCGGGGGCUGCAGCGUGAAAACAGCGACUGGUAUUUCAAGCAGCUUCUGCGAGAGAAGCAACAGAGGCAGGAGGCUGGCAGAGAAGGGUCCCUUCAGAAGGAGGAGCUGCAGGCAGGGGUGGACGUGGCCAACAGUACCGCCCAGCAGUACCAGCAAAGACUGACCGCCGUGGGGAGGAUCAACGUGGCCAUCCGUGGCGGCUUGGCCGAGAAGACGGUGGUGGAGCUGAUGAAUCCGGAGGCUCAGCUGCCCCCGGUGUACCCGUUUGCUGCCGAGCUGUACCAGAAGGAGCUGGCCACGCUCCAGCAGCAGAGCCCGGAGGGCAACCUCACGCACCCGGAGCUGUCAGUGGCCGUGGAGAUGCUCUCCUCCGUCGCCCUGAUCAACCGGGCCCUGGACUCUGGCGAUGUGAACAUGGUCUGGAAGCAGCUGAGCAGCCCCGUGACGGGCCUGACCAACGUCGAGGAUGAAAAUUCCCAGAGGUACCUUGAUGAACUGCUGAAGCUGAAGGCUCAGGUGCAGGCUGAAGGGGUUGAGUUCGUCACUUGGAAUGACAUACAGUCCUGUGUGGACCGCGUGAACAUCGUGGUCCAGGAGGAACAUGAGAGGAUUGUGGCCAUUGGGCUCAUCAAUGAGGCUUUGGAUGAAGGAGAUCCGAAGAAAACGCUACAGGCGCUGCAGAUUCCCGCAGCAAAACUGGAAGGGGUGACCCCCAAAGUAGCACAACAUUACCAAGUUGUCCUGCUUCGCACGAAGAGGGAGAAAGCGCAGGAAACUCGGGAUGAAACAGCUGUUCUCUGGCUGGAUGAAAUCCAGGGUGGCAUUCAUCAGUCCAACAGGGACACGGAAGAAGCUCAAAAGUUUUCUUUAGGGAUUUUGGCCAUUAACAAAGCAGUGGACGAGGCGGACGUUGUGAAAACCCUCGGCUUCCUGCGCUCACCGGACGUCGGCCUGUAUGGGGUGACGCCCGAAUGUGCAGACACGUAUCAGCUGGAACUGACAGGCAUCAAGAAAGCCAAGCUGGCUGCGGGGGACAACGGCAGCGCGUGGGUGAAGCACUGGGUGAAGGGAGGCUACCAUUACUAUCAUAACCUGCAGACCAAGGAGGGGAGCUGGGAGGAGCCCCCAGGAUUUGUACAGAACAAUGCACAGCUAUCCCGGGAGGAGAUCCAGGCCACCAUCUCUGCCGUCACAGCCGCCUACAAUCGGGAGCAGCUCUGGCUGGCCAACGAGGGCCUGAUCACCCGGCUCCAGGCCCGUUGCCGUGGAUACCUUGUUCGCCAGGAGUUCAGCGCCAGGAUGCACUUUCUGAAGAAACAGGUUCCGGCUAUCACCUGCAUCCAGUCUCACUGGCGAGGCUACAGGCAGCAGAAGAAGUACCAGGAUCGGCUGAAGUACCUCCAGGCACACAAGGACGAGGCAGUGAAGAUUCAAGCAAUGACCAGGAUGUACCAGGCUCGAAAGCGGUACAGAGAUCGGCUGCAGUACUUCCGGGAUCAUAUCAAUGACAUUGUGAAAAUCCAGGCCUUCAUCCGUGCCAACAAAGCUCGUGAUGACUACAGAACCCUCAUCAAUGCCGAAGAGCCGCCCAUGGUGGUUGUUAGGAAGUUUGUCCACCUGCUGGAUCAGAGUGACCAAGACUUCCAAGAGGAGCUGGAUUUGAUGAAGCUGCGCGAGGAGGUUGUGACCUUGAUCCGCUCCAAUCAGCAACUGGAGAAUGAUCUCAAUCUCAUGGACAUCAAAAUUGGGUUGCUGGUAAAAAACAAAAUCACACUUCAGGAUGUUGUGUCUCACAGUAAGAAGCUGACUAAAAAGAAUAAAGAGCAGCUUUCAGACAUGAUGAUGCUAAACAAGCAAAGGGGGGGCCUGAAAGCUCUGAGCAAAGAGAAGAGGGAGAAGUUGGAGGCCUACCAGCAUCUCUUCUACUUGUUGCAGACAAACCCGACGUACUUGGCAAAACUGAUUUUCCAAAUGCCACAGAACAAAUCUACCAAGUUCAUGGACUCUGUGAUCUUCACACUGUACAACUAUGCGUCCAAUCAGAGAGAGGAGUACCUGUUGCUGCGCCUCUUCCAGACGGCUCUGCAGGAAGAGAUCAAAUCAAAAGUGGAUCAGCUCCACGAGAUUGUGACUGGAAACCCCACAGUGAUCAAAAUGGUGGUGAGCUUCAACCGUGGUGCUCGUGGGCAGAACGCUUUGAGGCAGAUUCUGGCCCCUGUGGUGAAGGAGAUCAUGGAAGACAAAUCCCUCAAUAUCAAAACGGAUCCUGUGGACAUAUACAAGUCAUGGGUCAACCAAAUGGAGUCACAGACAGGAGAGGCCAGUAAGCUGCCUUACGACGUUACGCCAGAGCAAGCCCUGGCCCACGAAGAGGUGAGGACACGCCUGGAUGCCUCCGUCAAGAACAUGCGGGCCGUGACUGACAAGUUCCUGCUGGCCAUCAUCGGCUCUCUGGAGAAAAUCCCGUACGGGAUGCGCUUCAUCGCCAAAGUCCUGAAAGAUUCGCUCCAUGAGAAAUUUCCUGACGCCAGCGAGGAUGAGCUGCUGAAGAUUGUCGGCAACCUUCUAUAUUAUCGCUACAUGAACCCGGCCAUUGUGGCUCCCGACGCCUUCGACAUCAUCGAUCUGUCAGCUGGAGGGCAACUGACCACGGACCAGCGGCGAAACCUUGGCUCCAUCGCAAAAAUGUUGCAACAUGCCGCAUCCAAUAAAAUGUUUCUGGGUGACAAUGCACAUCUUGGGAUUAUAAAUGAAUACCUUUCUCAGUCCUAUCAGAAAUUCAGGCGCUUUUUCCAAGCUGCAUGUGAGGUCCCAGAGCUUCAGGAUAAGUUCAAUGUGGAUGAGUACUCUGAUUUAGUGACUCUGACGAAGCCGGUGAUCUAUAUUUCCAUUGGAGAAAUCAUCAAUACGCACACACUGCUUCUGGAUCAUCAAGAUGCAAUUGCACCUGAACACAAUGACCCUCUUCAUGAACUUCUGGAUGACCUUGGCGAAGUUCCCACCAUUGAAUCUCUGAUAGGUGAAGGAACUGGCAGCAUGAAUGAUCCCAGUAAGGAGAUGCUGGCCAAGACAGAGGUUUCCCUCACACUGACGAAUAAGUUUGAUGUUCCCAUGGAUGAGAAUGCUGAAAUGGAUGCCAAAACCAUCCUGCUGAACACAAAGCGCUUGAUUGUGGAUGUCAUUCGCUUCCAGCCGGGAGAGGCGCUAGGUGAGAUUUUGGAGACCCCGGCCAGCACUGAGCAGGAAGCUGAGCACCAGAGAGCCAUGCAGAGGCGAGCGAUUCGGGACGCCAGAACUCCUGACAAAAUGAAGACCUCUAAAGCGCUCAAGGAGGACAGCAACCUGAGCCUCCAGGAGAAGAAGGAGAAGAUCAGGUCAGGGCUGAAGAAGCUCACAGAACUGGGCCUUGUCAACCCGAAGCACGGAUACCAGGAGUUGAUCAAUGAUGUGGCAAAGGACAUACGGAAUCAGCGCCGAUAUCGCCAAAGGAGAAAAGCAGAACUGGUGAAGCUGCAACAGACGUACAAUGCGCUCAACUCUAAGGCUACGUUUUACGAAGAGCAAGUGGAUUACUACAAGAGCUACAUAAAAACCUGCUUGGAUAACUUGGCCAGCAAGGGCAAGGUCUCCAAGAAGCCACGGGAAAUGAAAGGAAAGAAAAGUAAGAAGAUUUUCCUGAAAUACACAGCAGCCCGACUCCAUGAGAAGGGAGUCCUGCUUGAGAUUGAGGACCUGCAAGUUGGCCAAUUUAAAAAUGUGAUAUUUGAAAUUGGCCCAACCGAAGAAGUUGGUGACUUUGAAGUAAAAGCAAAGUUCAUGGGUGUCCAGAUGGAGACGUUCAUGCUGCAUUAUCAGGAUCUGUUACAACUACAGUAUGAAGGUGUGGCUGUCAUGAAGCUGUUUGAUCGAGCAAAAGUCAAUGUUAAUCUCCUAAUUUUUCUCCUGAACAAGAAGUUUUAUGGGAAGUAACUCCCCUUCACCCGGGAGUCUUUGUAAAGGGAUCAUGGUGUAGCUUUCUCAAAGCUUUUUCCACCUAGUGGAUUAACUGUUAAGCCUAGUCCUCCACCACAGCUCUCCGUGUCAAGUGGAGUCUUCAACUGUAUGCAUCCCAUUCUGUUGCUAUGCACAGCUCCUUUCUGUUGUUUCACAUGUACUUUUCUAGUAGUACCGUGAAUUAAAUCUUUAUUAGACUA